GAUUUGUUUGUUUGACUGAUUCUUUUACAGUUUAUAGAUCUUCAAUUUUGGUUUUCGUAAUUUUUCUCAGGAUGUGGAUAGUGCCUAUGGCUAAUGGUGUUGCACUGAGAUCUACAAUCUCAGAAAGAAUGGAACUAAAAUCAGAGUCUUAUGAUCCAAAGCUUGCGAGACCCGAAACAUCUGGUGUAAGGACAGAGGAGUUUUCAAGGUCCCAGUUGAGUAUUCAGACACUUGCUAAGAGCAUUUUAAAUUUGGAGAAAAAGCUUGCAGCUUUGACGAUUGGUCGUGAAUCUGCAUCGAAUGAAUCUCGUGAUGUGGUGAAGGAAAAGGAUGCAGAGCAACAACCUUCCAAGAGAAAAUAUCUAGUGGUUGUAGGAAUCAAUACAGCCUUUACUAGCAAGAAACGAAGAGAUUCGGUUCGUGCAACUUGGAUGCCACAAGGUGAUAAAAGAAAGAAGUUGGAGGAGGAGAAAGGCAUAGUCAUUCGUUUUGUUAUCGGGCGAAGUGAAAGUCCUGGCAGCUUACUCGACAAGUCGAUCGAUGAAGAGGAGCGUGAACAUGGAGACUUCUUGAGAUUGAAUCAUAUCGAGGGUUACCUCGAAUUAUCGGCCAAGACGAAGACUUACUUUGCUACAGCUGUUUCUAUGUGGGAUGCCGAAUUCUAUGUCAAAGUCGACGAUGACAUCCAUGUGAACUUAGCUGCGCUAGGAACAACCUUAGUUGGACACCGAAAAAAGCCUCGAGUUUACAUUGGUUGUAUGAAAUCCGGACCCGUUCUCUCUAAGAAAGGAGUAAAGUACCACGAACCGGAGUAUUUGAGAUUUGGCGAUGAGGGAAAUUUGUAUUUUCGUCACGCAACAGGACAGUUAUAUGGAAUCUCAAAAGACUUAGCUACCUACAUCUCGCAAAACCAAGAUGUGCUGCACAAGUAUGCCAAUGAAGAUGUUUCAUUAGGAUCUUGGUUCAUUGGUUUAGAUGUGGAGCAAGUGGAUGAUAGGAAACUAUGCUGCGGCACCCCACCUGAUUGUGAGACAAAGGCUUUGGGAGGUGAAGUUUGUGUAGCUUCAUUUGAUUGGAAAUGCAGUGGGAUAUGCAACUCAGUUGAAAGGAUGAGUGAAGUCCAUCAGAAAUGUGCUGAAAAUGAGACUUCUUUAUGGAGUGGAAGCUUUUGAAUUCAACAAAAAACACAAUGAUUUUGUGCACACUUGAAAGAUUGAAAGAAGAAAUUCUAUCCUCAUAUAUAAUUCUUUCUGCCUUUAAAUCAAGUUGGAAAUUAAUCUGUUAUAGGUUUUGAUUCAUAUGUUAAUUACUUUGAAGGGAAAAUAUAAACUUCUACUGCAGCUUGCUCAAUUAAGCCUUCUUGUAAUCCUCACAUCAAUAUAUUUCACAAUUUCAUUA